CAUAAAACAGAGAGAGAGACUGUGAGUAUUUAUAAAAGCUUCUUCUUCUUCUUCUUCAUGUAACCCCGCUAAUUUCGAAACCUCGAAAAAUCAAACUGAUUCAACCCUUUUGGAAUUUGAAAUCGGAAGAAAAAUGGCUUCGCGUCUUGGAGUCUCCAUACGCGCCGCCUUAAGCGCGUCUCACGUCCCUCACUUGGACGACGGACGAUGGCGUGAUUCCCUUCCGAUCAAUACACCACCAUCGGCGGCGAAUCGGAGGAAUCGAAGGGGGAGAAUCGGGUUUAGGACUCUUAGGGUUUCAAAUGAAGGAGCUGAAUCGUACCUUCAUAUGUGGAAAAACGCCGUUGAUCGCGAGAAGAAGGAGAAGGCAUUCGAGAAGAUAGCCGAGAAUGUAGCCGUCGAUGGCGAGAAGGUUGAAGGAGAUUUAGAGAAGAAGAGCGAUGAAUUUCAUAAGAUUCUGGAAGUUUCCGUCGAGGAGAGAGAUCGGAUUCAGAGGAUGCAGGUCGUGGAUCGUGCCGCGGCGGCGAUCUCGGCGGCGAAAGCGAUUCUCGCCUCUAAUAAUUCAGGCGACGGGAAAGAGGGGUUUCCAGAUAAAGAGAAGAGUGACGGAAGUAAAGUCACGGAGACUCGGAAAAAUGCUAAAUCAGGAAUGUGGAGCAGAACAGUUUAUGUGCCUCGGUCAGAAACAUCUGGGUCUGAGACUCCAGGACCAGAUUUUUGGUCGUGGACACCUCCUCAAGGUAGUGAAAUGAGUUCUGAUGACAACGGUGGCUUACAGGCUGUGGUCGAGCCUGUUGAGUUUCCAACCUUGUCAAAUCCUGUAUUAGAGAAAGAGCAUUCAGCAGAUUCUCUUUCGAUACCUUAUGAGAGCAUGCUUUCUAAUGAAAGACAUAGCUUUGUUAUCCCGCCUUUUGAGUCUUUGAUCGAGGUUAAGAAAGAGACAGAGACAAAGCCUAGUUCCGAGACGUCAUCGUCGGAACAUGACCUUGAAGUCAUAUCUUCAGCAAAUGCGGAAGAGGCGGCUCGUGUUCUCGAUGGUUUGGAUGAGACUUCAUCCCAUGGAGUUAGCCAAGACGGGUUGAAGUGGUGGAAGCAGACCGGUGUAGAGCAAAGGCCUGAUGGUGUGGUUUGCAGGUGGACAAUGAUACGUGGUGUUACUGCUGAUGGUGUUGUUGAGUGGCAAGACAAGUACUGGGAGGCCUCUGAUGAGUUUGGGUUCAAAGAACUUGGUUCAGAGAAAUCAGGACGCGAUGCAGCUGGGAACGUGUGGCGUGAGUUCUGGAGAGAGGCAAUGAUGCAGGAGAAUGGUAUUGUACAUAUGGAGAAAACAGCAGACAAAUGGGGAAAAAGUGGACAAGGUGAUGAAUGGCAAGAGAAGUGGUGGGAGCAUUACGAUGCUACAGGGAAAUCAGAAAAAUGGGCUCACAAGUGGUGCAGCCUUGACCGCAACACACCACUCGAUGUUGGACACGCUCAUGUUUGGCAUGAGAGGUGGGGAGAGAAGUAUGACGGGCAAGGCGGAAGCACAAAGUACACAGAUAAGUGGGCAGAGAGGUGGGUAGGGGAUGGUUGGGACAAAUGGGGAGACAAAUGGGACGAGAACUUUAGCCCGAACGCUCAGGGAGUGAAGCAAGGUGAGACUUGGUGGGAAGGGAAGCACGGUGACCGUUGGAACCGGAGCUGGGGUGAAGGACACAACGGUUCGGGUUGGGUUCACAAAUACGGUAAGAGCAGUAGCGGAGAACACUGGGACACACAUGUGCCACAAGAGACUUGGUAUGAGCGUUUCCCUCACUUUGGCUUCUUCCACUGUUUUGACAACUCUGUUCAGCUCCGAGCUGUUCGUAAGCCCUCUGAUAUGUCCUAGAAAAUCAAAGAGCAAAAGCAAUAACAAUUUUAUGUAAAGAUAAAGAUAUCUUUUGGUACAAUGACAAUUACUCGAUGCCUUGCCUAAGUUACUGUUGUAUAAAUAGAACGAUUGAUUAAAUUUUGGUGAAAUUUAUAAGU